GCCCUCCGCUCUGUUUUAGUCAAGUCAGUGUGGCGCGUGUUAGCUGCGACUGUGUGAUGGAGGAAGCGUAGCGAGCUAGCUGAACAGGUGGCACGUGUCUUAGCUUCUCGGAUUACCUGUGCUCCGCUGCACCUGUCCCCGGGAGGUUCGAGAACCAGCGAGGUUUUUUCGCACACCGUGGUGCUGCUUAUUAUAAGCUAGGCAGCUGCAGACUCCAGAAUAAAAAUGGCCACCGUUUCAAUUCCUGCUGGCACCAGUGCAAUCUUGCUGGAUAUCGAAGGCACAACAACACCAAUCACAUUUGUAAAGGAUAUCUUAUUUCCAUACAUCCGGGAGCAUCUGGAGGAGUACUUGUCUAAUCACUGGGAGGAAGACGAGUGCAAACAAGAUGUCCAUCUGCUCAAGAAACAGAUCGAAGAGGACAUGAGACAGAACCGGUCGUGCCCCGUCCACACCGUGGACCAGACGGUGCACACGGACGAGGAGAAGGCCAUUAGGGAAGUGGUGGAUAAUGUGCUGUGGCAGAUGGCCGCAGACAGGAAGUCGACCGCACUCAAACAGCUGCAGGGCCACAUGUGGAGGGCGGCGUACGCUUCGGGGAGAAUCAAAGGCGAGGUCUACCAGGAUGUGAUCCCCUCCAUCAGAAGGUGGAGAGGUCAGGGAUUAAAAGUCUUCAUUUACUCAUCUGGAAGCGUGGAGGCACAGAAACUUCUGUUUGGAUACUCUGUGGAAGGAGACGUUUUAGACUUAUUAGACGGUCACUUUGACACCAGCACAGGAGCUAAAGUGGACGGCAAAAGCUACGAGAGGAUUGCCGAGAGGAUCGGCUGCCAACCCGAGGAGAUCACAUUCCUGACCGACCUCACUCGAGAGGCUCAGGCGGCCGAGGACGCCGGCGUGAACGUGGUGGUGGUGGUCCGGCCCGGGAACACGGAGCUGACGGAUGACGAGCGGGCCCGCUACAACCUCGUCGCGUCCUUCAGCGAGCUGGAACUGACGGGGCGCGUUUAACGCCGAGGGCGGAGGACGACGGGGAGAAGUUCUCCGACGUCGUCCCACAGCGACUUGUUCCUUCUCCUCUUUGCCCUCCCCCUCCUCCCUCCUCCCUCCUUUUUUUUUUUUUUUUGUGUGUGUGCAACUCUUCAUGUUUUUUGCUUGUGACGGUUGAAGAAGCGCAGCAGAUGAUGGGGCUGCGGUCAGCCACCAGAUGGGCCACCAGGCUGGAAACGGAUCCACGGAGCGUCGUCGCUCUCGCUCGAUCGGCUGGGACGAGAACCGAUAAAAACACGCCGGAAGUGAACUGCACACCUGUGAAGUUACUUUACCGUUGUACCUUUUUCUAGACGAGCCUCUCCACUGUUAAAGCUUUCCAGCUGUACGUGUUGUUGUGUUUGAGUAAACUGUUUUCAUCCAUGUGCCGUUGUCUCCCGCCACACACUCGCACACACACGUGUUGCAGAUGUAAGAGGUUGUAUCCAGUGACCCGACUCUUUAACUGUUGUAAUGUAUUAGAAAGUAUCACUAUAUGCACUCGGCUCGACAGGAAGUUUCCAUUUCAUACGUUGUCUCAACGAGUCUCUUCGGCAGGUUAAUGGUGUCUAUUUAAAUGUGCCAUCCUCGUAAAUGUUGGUUGGAAAGUUACCCAAAUUGCCAAAUUGAUGGUUUUUGUGUGUGUGAAACAUAAUUGGUAUUAUUCAGGAAAUGGUGAUAUAAAAGCUUCCAAUAAAUGCCUUGUCUCACA